GGCAAUGGUAAUGUUAACAUCUUAAUGAGCGUAGUUUGCCGCUCUAAAAUUUAAGGAAUGUUUGAUUGCUGCUGCUGAGUCAAGUUCAAGUUUUGAGAUUUGUUUUUGUAAUUGACGUGAAUAUGGCAUGAGUUUAAAAGAGAACAACGUAAACAUUUGCAUAAAUAAUAAAUGUCUCUUAACUUGUUUUUAACUAUACAAAUCGCGCUCGGGGUAUUUCUUUUUUUUUGUGUUUUCCGAUCUACUCUUCAAUCUACUAGUGCUACUACAGAUUACUUAUACCUAGUGGAGAGCUAAGCUAGAAAUCAAUUGAGUUUCGCAUAUCGGCGUGUUAACAUCACACACAAAAAAAAAGAAAAAACAGAUGCCAACAAAAUGACGAGCACCUGCUACAGUUGCACAGUACUACUCGUUUUAUUGGUCACCAUGGCGUAUGCUGCACCACCGCUACAACAAAAGCAUCGAAUAGCCAAUACCUCACAGAAGCGUCUGAAGCGACAAGUUUUCUCGAAUGAUUUUGAUAUGAUUGAUAAUCCAUUCUUUACACCAGCAGAUGAUGAUUUUGAACCAAACACUUUCACUCGCCCGCAAUGGGGACGACGUCCAGCUCCUGGCCAACCGCUGAUAUUUAGUAAUGAUGGACAACAAAAAUCUGGAACUACAACGCAAACAACACCACCAUCAACAACAACAACAACAACAACACAAUUGUCAUCUAGCGUCGCUAAUUCGAAUGUAGUUUUCGUAAAUAAUCAGCCCGUUAUUGCUACUAUGGAACCAUUUAUUGCAGCUACCACAGCUUCGCCAGCGUUUUUAAGGUGCUUCGGCAGCUGUCCUACCACGUCGGAAUAUAAUCCUAUAUGUGCUAGUAAUCGACAGCAAUAUCAGAAUCCGCAGAAGUUUGAUUGUGCGAGGCGGUGUGGUGCAGACAUCCAGAUCGUGCGUCGCGGCGCCUGCCAAGGUCUAUUCCCCAUGCAACGCGGAUAAUACUUACUUAGUAAUUGUAUCUACAUAUUUAUAAACAUAAAUUUUUGUUGUAUAGUUACCAACUAAAAUACGUACAUAUGUAUG